AUGCGCUGGGGCAACCUGAGCCUAGCCGAACAAGAUGAGCGUCUCGUGGCAGAGUGGUGGUACCUGGGGCUAUCGGUUAUUCCGCUUGUUUGCAUUAUGGGCAACUGCAUGGUGGUGGCAGCCGUCUGGACGACGCGGUCGCUACAAACUCCCACCAAUCAUUUACUAGUAUCACUUGCCGUCGCCGAUCUGAUCGUUGGCGCCUUUGUGAUGCCAUUUAGCAUUUAUUUAUCGAUUAACGGCCUUCACUGGCACCUCCCUCAAUUCAUCUGCCAUUUCUAUUGUGUCGUCGAUGUCGCGGCGAGUACUGCUUCUAUCGUACAUCUUGUACUAAUUAGUAUCGAUCGGUUGGUAGCUGCCACAAAACCGGCCGAGUAUAAGACGCCAAAGCAUCGGCGGCGAGUUCACGUCUCCAUCGCGUGCACCUGGAUUUUCAGUAUAUGUAUGGCGUUGCCACUAGGCACCGGUUUCAACACGCGUACGCGUCACUUCCUACUUACGGAACAUCAUUGUGGGAUUUACAAUCCAAUCUAUAUGCUGAGCAGCAGCAUCUUUGCGUUUUAUUUGCCCUGCCUGGUGAUGCUGAUCACCUACGGCUACAUUUUCUAUACGUUGAGGAAGCGGUUGAGGGCUAUUCAGCUACAGGAAAUGGCUGGCGGGCAAUUUUUGGGCUUUGGCGCCGACGUGGGAAAUAUUACCACAGCGGCGAUGCAAAGCGUGAUAGGUAUCGCCCCCAAGAAUCGUAACAUGAUCACCUGGGAAAAACCACUUCUUCGAAAAAUCGAAGAAACCGCUGCUGAACACGCGAGCUCGCUGAACGACUCGGAGAGGGAGCAGCUCCAAACAAUCCUCGAAGCUGUUCAACCAUCCUCUACAAAUAGCCAAGAAAAUUCGAUGAUGGACGAUGAUUCGGAUAGGCCACCUUCUGUGCUGCUAGAGGCCGUGACACUUCAUCAGGAGAUGGAACGAGAUCGGGAGAGUCCGCUUGGGCCUGUGCUGCAAGUGCCGAGGCCAGCUUAUGCGAAAAACGUCUCUCGCCGCUUCUCCGAAGCGUUGGGCAAGAACUCCUUCUCCAAGAAGGGCGUUCAGUUGGGGCUCCAGUCCCAGAAACGCCGGCACUCCGAGCAGAUACGCCGGAAAUCGAAGGAUCGGACAGACGCGCCAAGGAGUAGCCGAGAUAAUACGCUGAAGCCGCCGUUGGCGGAAAAGCGGAAGAUGAGGCGGUUGUCGGAGAUGAUCUCGGACUGGGAACGACCCAGUAGGAGUUCAUUGUCGCACAUGUACAGCUUUGCCAGAAGAGAGUCUGUGUAUAUCGCUAGGAAGAAGCUGGCUGGACUGAAGGACUGGGCCCUUGACCUCCUCGCCAAGCUGAAAAGCAAGCAGGGGAUGGCGAUUCGUCGUGAGACCCGAGCUACGAAGUUGGUGGCGACUGUCAUGGUCGUGUUCCUCGUCUGUUGGCUCCCAUUCUUCACCCUCAACAUGGUCAAAAUCUACAAACUCAUCCGGGAAGACUGGUCGACCGAGUUAGAGGUGUGGUUCCACUGGUUCACCGCUCUCGGAUACUUGAACUCAUCCCUCAACUUUUUCAUCUAUUCCGCCAUUAACCAAAAGUUCCGACACUCCUUCCGGCGGCUCGUCGGUUUCGGGAGAUCCUCAACUCGAAGGGGCAGAGAAAAGACGUGGAUGCUGCCGGCGAGAAAGCAAGAAGAGCAGCAGAAUCGUAAAAAGUACUGUGGUUGCGGGGCGUUCCACCGGAUCCGGAAAAGCCCGUUGCGGAGGGCUUCCUCGUGCGGGCUCCUCCACAACAACCGUCAGCCGGCCAUCCAAAAGCCCGAGAUCAUCGUCGACGAAAUUUCGCGGGAGAAGCGCUGCUCGAUCACGACGGGAGGGCAGACAACGUUCCGACGCUCCUCCGACGACUCGGAACGUCUCCGACGUUCCUCCUCCGAAAUGAUCAAUCCACUGGGUCGAAUGCCAGUUCCCCAACAGAACAGUGGUCCAUCCGGGAUCUCGAGCAACCGGCGCGGAUCCGGAAUGUCCGUCUCCUCAGCCUCGCUCCAGAUCCACGAGCUUCGCCAAGAGUUUCAGGCCCUCCACGGCGACCAGCAAGAAGUCGAGAUUUUUGUC